GUAUUAUAAGUGCCAAAGUAUUUGUGCACAGAGCAAAGCUGCUUUCUCACUGCUUGCCUCUUCUUGCUCAUGGUAUUUCCCAUUUGAUUUCUUGGAGCUCAGCUAGAUGAAAACUGAUAGCAGAAGAGCUCUAAAAGCUGCCUUGAUGAGGCAACCCUAUUUUUAACAAGGGUAGCUCCCCACACCAUCUCAAUCCUAACUCAUCCAAGCUUGCUUUCCUGACAGCUCGUAUGAGCGAGUGUGCAACUUUGGGUGCCUUCCUUUCUUCUUAUGGGGAGGGAGAGACCUGUCCAGCCCCAGAUCAUACAAAGAGACACUUCCCCUUGAAAAGAUGCAGAAGUACACCAAGUGGAUUGAAACUGAAGCCUGCCUGAUUUACAAGUGACAUCAUGAAAAGAAGUCCAGAGCUAGAACACAGCAGCUGCCGUUUUCAGUUACCAUCACCUCCAAAAUGCUGUGUCUUAGGGAAUGGGUGGGUGGGAGAAAUUGGCUUUCAAGCGAUAAUCUGACAGGGGAUCUGAUGAAACACCUUUUAAAAAAAUCUUUUCAUCUAUUCACUUCAUUUUCUGCACUGGCUGUCUUUUAGCACAGGCUGUCAUUGUAGCUGAGGAUUGGAGACUCCUGAAUUGGGAAAAAUCAACAUGAAAGGUGAAGAAACUCGGCAGCGUAGAAAGGAAGGCCGAAUCAGGAACGGAGAGCGAUCCAGGCAGAAAGCAAAGAGCAAAAGUAAACACAAAGAGAGCAAACUUAUCAGCCAGGGCGCAGAGGAUGGCCCUUUGCUCCUGCCUCAGAAGCAGCCUCCAGAGGCAAAAGUGGCCAUGGCAAAACUACAGGAGGAAUCAAGCGUGGCAAUUGGCCUCCAGGUGCUCUUGCCUUACCUGCUGGCAGGCAUGGGCAUGGUCCUGGCGGGAAUGGUCUUGGAUUAUAUUCAGCACUGGAAAGUAUUCAUAAAAAUCAGAGAAAUGUUUAUUCUGAUUCCAGCCCUGAUUGGUUUGAAAGGCAACCUGGAAAUGACCUUGGCAUCUAGACUUUCUACAGCUGCUAAUAUCGGCCGGAUGGAUAAUUCACAGGAAAAAUGGAAAAUGGCUAUUUGCAAUAUGGCCUUGAUUCAGGUGCAGGCCACUGUGAUAGGCCUUCUGGCAGCUGUAGCGGCAAUCCUUCUAGGCGCACUCUCUAAUGGGUAUUUGGAGCUGAACCAUGCUGCUGUGUUGUGUGCCAGCAGCGUGACAACAGCGUUUGUAGCUGCCUUUUUCCUUGGAUUGUUGAUGAUUGGUGUGAUCAUUGGAGCAAGAAAGAUUGGGAUAAAUCCGGAUAAUGUUGCUACUCCGAUAGCUGCAAGCCUUGGAGAUUUGAUUACUCUUAGUCUGCUGGCUGGAAUUAGCAGUAUUCUCUUCAGAUAUAUAGAUGCAACCUACCUGUCCCCUAUAGUCUGUACUAUUUUCAUUGUUUUGAUUCCUUUGUGGAUUGCUGUUGCUCGGCAGAGUCCUCCCAUUGCCGAAGUCUUGAAGACUGGAUGGCAACCAAUUUUAAUUGCAAUGAUCAUCAGCAGCUUUGGUGGAGUAAUUUUGGACAAAACUGUAGCAAAACCAAACUUUGAAGGCAUUGCUGUUUUCGUUCCAGUGAUCAAUGGUGUUGGUGGCAAUUUGGUGGCUAUCCAGGCCAGUCGCAUUUCCACAUUUCUCCAUUUCUGGAGCAUGCCUGGAGUCCUGCCACACAAAAUGAGGCAGCAUUGGCCUAAUCCAUGUACCACCUUCUUUGCCUCAGGUAUCAACUCUAAAUCAGCUCGAGUCCUGAUCUUGCUAGUGAUCCCAGGACACCUGGUGUUCCUCUAUACUAUACAUCUCUUUGAGGGGGGCCACACAGCAAUCACUUUCACUUUUGUGGCAUUUUAUCUGACAGCUGCUCUUCUGCAGGUGGGAAUUCUGCUCUACAUGGCUGACCUCAUUGUCCGACUAAUGUGGAGAAAGGGUCUGGAUCCUGACAAUUAUUCCAUCCCCUACCUCACUGCCCUGGGAGAUCUCCUGGGCACUGGCUUCUUGGCGGUUUGCUUCCACCUGCUUUGGUUGCUCAGAGGGUUGGAGCCAAAACUAGGGAACUAAAGUUGUUUCAACUGUAGUGUCAACCCACCUGAAGAUCUCUCACAGUCUUCAACAGGGUAAUGAAAAGAGGGCAUUCAGGUUCCUAAACUGGAACAGGUUGCCUGUGUCUCCUCCCUUUGGAUCUCAACGCUGCAUAGCUGAAAAGAACUAAAAAUGAUGUAGCAUAAUCAUGUAUCACAGCUUUUGAAGUGUCAGCAAGGAAAGGAUUGUGAAGCACUCUGAUCAGUUGUUCAACCAGUCAAGGAAUCUUACUACAAUAGCUUGGUUUGAACAGUCUGUUGAUGCUACCAGAUAUCUAACCCCCUGUUCUCAGUGGGGUUGAGCUUGGUGUCCUUGGCGAGAUGCCACAUUGUCUCCACCAUCCUUCAAUGAAGGCAUUUUGCUUUCUGUCUGCUAUAUGUUCCCACAGAGAAAGAGAAAAUUAUGUCCAGGACUGUUUUCACUGAAUUCCUUAACUUAAAAAGGAGAAACAAAGCAUUAUGGUACAAUAGUUCAAAAUCUGCUUCAUGACACCUCAUGCAUUAUGGCAACCUGCUCAGCGAAAAUUACUUUGCAUUAAUUUUUUUAGUCUAUCCACUAAUGUUCAACUUGGGGAAUGGGAUAUGUCUCUCUGUGUAUACGUGUGUGUGUGUGUUUUCUUGCACUUAGGGGAACAUAAUUGGGGAGGGAAAAACCCUAAAUAUUGAAACUGAUUGUAUAUACAAAUGAAAAUUUAAAAAAUGUGUUUUGGACAGAAAAUUUUUAGAAGAAAGCAACGGUCAGUGAUGGAAGGACAAUCAGCAUCUGAUCUUUCCCAUCUCACUAUACUACUUUCCUAGACAAAGUUUCUUGCUGAGCAUACCUGCUAGUGCAGGGAAAUCUGAAAAUAAGCUUAAAUUUAAAAGCCAAAUUCUGAAUGCUCCCCUAGAGGUAGUCAGAGGAGGAAGUUUGAUAGAAAUUUGGUGUCCGUGAUAGCUUUGUGCUGGGAAGAACAGGCCUUCAUGAGUUCUGGGUCAGGGACAAAUCUUUUUGUGACCUCUUAGCUGUUGCAAAGGCAGGGAAAUGAACUCAUUUAUUUCUGGCCCAGAGCCCAGUGACAGCUGAGUUU